GAGUGUUGCACACUGAAGCUCCACUUUCCGGGCAUGAAGAUUAUGACCAGAAUGGAGGUUAUAUCAAUAUAUAAUCAUAGCCUGCUGUGGUGGAAUACGCUAUGCAGAGUAACAUGUCUAAUCCACGAGUGCUCUGUACAUAGUAUUGUUCAUCCUUUCUACAAAGAGAUAUCGCCUGGUGAAACAAUUUUUGUAAUUGAAAUACGACAGCACUAGAGCCAGAACAAGAAUUGUACCCUUGAGGCGAGGAUCGCGGGGCAGACCAUUGCGAUUGCUGAGAGUUCGUGGCAGGCAAGGUUGCGCCACAUGUGCAGGAUGGGAGAGAAUUCGGGGGGACUAUAGAGGGGCAAGGCUUUA